AUGUUGAGAAUUGAUGAAUCGAAACAGGUGUUUGAUGAAAUGCCUGAAAGAGACGUUUUUGUAUGGACGACGAUGAUUUCCGCACAUGCCCGAGUGGGGGAUAUGGGUUGUGCAUGGGGAUUGUUUGACGAGAUGCCUGAAAGGAAUACUGCUACAUGGAAUACGAUGAUUGAUGGCUAUGCAAGAUUAGGUAAUGUAGAGGCUGCUGAGCAUCUAUUCAACGAGAUGCCUAUAACAGAUUUAAUUUCAUGGACAACAAUGAUCACUUGCUACGUGCAAAACAAGCAGUAUACCGAAGGAUUGGCAGUCUUCAAUGAAAUGAAGGCUAACGGGGUUAAGCCUGAUGAAGUGACUAUGUCAACUGUUAUUUCGGCAUGUGCCCAUAUUGGGGUGCUUGACCUAGGAAAGGAAACACACCUUUAUGUUAUGCAUAAUGGGUUUGAUCCUGACGUCUAUAUUGGGUCUGCUCUGAUUGAUAUGUAUGCAAAGUGUGGGAGCAUGGAUAGAUCACUCGUGGUAUUCCUCAAAUUGAGGGACAAAAACCUUUUCUGUUGGAAUUCUGUAAUUGAAGGGUUUGCUGUUCAUGGAUAUGCAGAAGAAGCAUUGACAAUGUUUAACAGAAUGGAGAAUGAGAAGAUGAAACCAAAUGGUGUUACUUUUGUAAGUGUUUUAAGUGCUUGCACUCAUGCAGGACUAGUUGAUGAAGGUCGUAGGAGGUUCGUUAACAUGACUCUUGAUUAUUCCAUAGCUCCUGAAAUUGAACACUAUGGGUGCAUGGUUGAUCUAUUUUGCAAGGCUGGUUUGCUGGAAGAUGCUUUAGAGUUAAUCGGAAAUAUGAGAAUGGAACCAAAUUCUGUUAUUUGGGGUGCUUUACUAGGCGGGUGUAAGCUUCACAAGAACUUGGAGAUUGCUCAAGUUGCAGUGGAUAAGUUGGUGGUUUUGGAGCCAAAUAAUAGUGGAUAUCACACCCUUUUAGUUAACAUGUAUGCUGAAGCAAAUCGAUGGAACGAGGUUGCUAAGCUCAGGGCAACCAUGAAGGUACUCAGAGUAGAAAAGACUUCUCCUGGGUCCAGUUGGAUUGAAAUGGGAAGGAAGAUUCAUCAGUUUGCUGCUUCUGAUGGAUAUCAUCCUGCCUCUGUUGAAAUUUACUCACUUAUGAAUGAGUUAGAUGGGCAGAUCAAACUAGCUGGCUGUGCUACUGAAUUAUUUCAUUAA